GAGCCUGUCCUAGAUGCCAGAGACUGCCUUCUACAGAGACCAGCGGACAAGUUCUUCACCAUGAAGUCCAACCCUGCUAUCCAAGCUGCCAUCGACCUCACGGCGGGGGCCGCAGGGGGCACCGCAUGUGUCCUGACUGGGCAGCCCUUUGACACGAUGAAGGUCAAGAUGCAGACGUUCCCCACCCUGUACCGGGGUGUCACCGACUGUUGCCUGAAGACCUAUACGCAGGUGGGCUUCCGGGGCUUCUACAAGGGCACCAGUCCCGCGCUGAUUGCCAACAUCGCCGAGAACUCUGUCCUCUUCAUGUGCUACGGCUUCUGCCAGCAGGUGGUGAGGAGUGUGAUCGGACUGGACAAGCAGGCCAAGCUGAGUGACCUGCAGAACGCGGCUGCCGGCUCCUUCGCCUCUGCCUUCGCAGCCCUCGUGCUGUGCCCCACUGAGCUCGUCAAGUGCCGGCUGCAGACCAUGUUCGAGAUGGAGACGUCGGGGAAGAUCGCGGCGAGCCAGAACACAGUUUGGUCUGUCGUGAAGAGUAUCCUUAAGAAGGACGGCCCCAUGGGCUUCUACCAUGGGCUCUCAAGCACUUUACUUCGAGAAGUACCGGGUUAUUUCUUCUUCUUCGGUGGCUAUGAACUGAGCCGGUCCUUUUUUGCAUCAGGGAGAUCAAAAGAUGAACUAGGCCCUGUCCCCUUGAUGCUGAGUGGUGGAGUUGGUGGAAUUUGCCUCUGGCUGGCUGUCUACCCAGUGGAUUGUAUCAAAUCCAGAAUUCAAGUUCUUUCCAUGUCUGGAAAACAGGCUGGAUUUGUGAGAACUUUUAUCAGUGUUUUGAAAACUGAAGGAAUAACGGCUUUGUAUUCUGGACUGAAACCUACUAUGAUUCGUGCAUUCCCUGCCAACGGGGCGCUGUUUCUGGCCUACGAGUACAGCAGGAAACUGAUGAUGAGUCAGUUCGAAGCAUACUGA